GCCCGCCCUCGCCCUCGCCCUCUGUGUAAUGGCGGCGGCCGCAGCAUCACCGGGCCCCAGCGCCUCCACACCGGGCCCCAGCGCCUCCACACCGGGCCCCAGCGCCCCUCGCCCGGGCCCCAGCGCCCCUACACCGGGCCCCAGCGCCCCUACACCGGGCCCCAGCGCCUCCACACCGGGCCCCAGCGCCUCCACACCGGGCCCGGGCCCCAGCGCCCCUACACCGGGCCCCAGCGCCCCUACACCGGGCUCUGCCGCCCCGGGCCGCCGCAAACGGCUCAACAAGAACAAGAAGAAGAGUUGGAACAAGCACAGCGACGUGCGGGAGGUGGAGGAGUUCCUGGAGGACGUGCGGCUGCAGGAGCGCAUCGUGGGGGGUCUCGUGUCUGAAAAGACAGAUGACAGCCUGUACUUUGUUGACACAGGAGAUGACAAGAAAGACCUGAUCCACAAUAAGGGAAAGUUGAAGCCUCUGUGGGUUGAUCUCGUUCUACAAUCAGAUUCCAAAGUCGCAGUUCCCAAAGAUAUUUUAGCACAUCAGAUACCCAACAGUCGGAAGCUAAGAAAGAAAGCGGAUCAGGAGAAGCGUUUUGGGAUUGUCCGUCGUAAAGAGAGGCUGCUUUAUGCCAGACUGAAGAAACCUGCAGUGAAAACCAAGCCUGGAGCCAACAACAACCCCAGCCGAGGCUUCUACGACCUUUGGUCAAACACAAAUCCCCUUGACCAAGAGCUUGAAGGCAAAGAGGAGUGGUUCCUGGAACAGACCAAGAGAAAAAGGCCAAAGCGCCCAAUCAAACAGCAGCAGCAACCCUCACAAGUGUCAGCGAUAGAAGUGAUUGCCCCGGGCGGAUCGUACAACCCCACAUUUGAAUCUCAUCAGGCUCUGCUCCUUGCUGCUCAUGAAGUGGAAGUUAAGAAGCGGAGAAUUGAGGAGAAAAUUAAUCGGCAGAUAUGCUUGCCGCCUGCAGCUGAACUUCCAACAAAGGAAACAGUCCUCCAGGAGUUGUGUCAGGGAUUGCUGGAGGAGUCAGAAGGUGAGGAACAGGAGCCAGACACUCAUCCCAGUGGCAACACAGAGGCAGCAGAAGGACCCGUGUGGAAUGUUUUCUCUUGUGAGAAGAAAACUGAAAAGGAUCGGAAAAGGGAAAAGAUAUUCAAAAGACAGGUUCUGAGGAUAAGGGAGCAGAAGCAGGCACGGGAGAGGCAGCAGCAGCUGUUCCGCCUGCGAUCCAUCAAGGGGGAAGUGAGGCAACUGGAGCUGAGACGGGCAGAGAAGAAAGCCGAGCGCACAGAGAAACGGAAAGUAGAAGCCAGCAAGCCUCGCCGUCUGGGCCGCUUGAAGUACCAGGACCCUGACCUUGAUGUCAAGCUCAGCGACGAGCUCGCUGGAUCACUGCGGGCAUUGAAGCCAGAGGGCAGCAUUCUUGCUGAUCGCUUUAAGAGCUUACAGAAGAGGAAUCUGAUCGAACCUCGUCAAAGAGCAAAAUUCAAGAGGAAGCACAAGCUAAAAUACGUUGAGAAAAGGGCGUUCCGAGAAGUCACGUAA